GACAUUGUUUGCCCCGAGCCCCGAGCCCCACCCCCAACAAACUCCUCACAGCCCGCAACACAGCAGCCACCUCACACUUGGAGGCCUCCAGCAGAUGAUAAAGCGCUGCUAUCGUUUUUGUGUUCUUCAGUCUCGACCUGUACGAGCACCUACGGACUUCAAAUAAUCCCUGAAGGUAAAAAUUAGAGAGAAAAAAAAGGAAGCAAGAGACAGACCCUGCCCUUUCCUUUCUGCCACCCUGUCUGUGGAUUCUGUGUUGGAGAGCUUUUGGGACGCUGACAAUGGGAAGCUUUUCCUACGACCUGCAAUGCUGACAUUCCUCUUCCUCCUGUUGGGAAUUUAUGUUAAGCGUCCCCUGUGCCCCCUUUGAAUGUCUGUCAUUAUGGCUAAGCGCGAGACUGGCAGCACCAGCCCUGUGGUCAGGCAGAUAGACAAGCAGUUCCUGGUGUGCAGCAUCUGUUUGGACCAUUACCACAACCCGAAGGUGCUGCCCUGCCUGCACACCUUCUGUGAGAAAUGUCUACAGAACUACAUCCCUCCCCAGUCUUUGACACUGUCCUGCCCAGUGUGCAGACAGACUUCUAUCUUGCCCGAGAAGGGCGUGGCAGCCCUGCAGAACAACUUCUUCAUCACGAACCUAAUGGAGGUGUUGCAGCGGGACCCAGAGUGCAGCCAACCUGAGGCAGGCAAUGUUCUUGAGUCAGCCAAUGCAUCUACAACCUGUCAGCCCCUUUCUUGCCCUAACCACGAGGGCAAGGUGAUGGAGUUUUACUGCGAGUCAUGUGAAACCGCCAUGUGUCUGGAGUGCACAGAAGGAGAACACAGAGAACAUGUGACGGUUCCUCUAAGGGACGUGCUCGAACAGCACAAGUCAGCUCUUAAAAGUCAGCUGGACGCUGUGCGCAACAGGCUACCUCAGCUGACAGCUGCCAUUGACCUUGUGAAUGAGAUCUCCAAGCAGCUCACAGGCAGGAAAAAUGAGGCCGUGACAGAAAUCAGUAAUACUUUUGAUGAGCUGGAGAAGGCGCUACACCAACGCAAGACCGCCCUCAUUACUGAGGUGGAAAAUAUCUGCAGCACCAAGCAGAAGGUGCUUCAAGUGCAGCUCGCCUCUUUGCUUCAGGGCAAAGAGAACAUUCAGAGUAGCUGUAACUUCACGGAGCAUGCCCUGAGCCAUGGGAGUGCCACCGAAGUCCUUUUGGUCCAGAAACAAAUGGGUGAGAGAGUCGGUGCCCUGGCAAGACACAGUUUUCCCGAGUAUCCUCAUGAGAAUGGACAUCUGGAAUGCCAAGUGGAGACGGAUGGAUUGAGGAGAUCCAUUCAGAACCUGGGAGUCCUGAUCACAACAGGGGCUGUAGGCCAUACCAGUGUUGCCACCGGUGAAGGUCUGCGACACGCACUAGUUGGCCAGCACACCACUGUCACAGUCACCACUAAGGACAAGGACGGAGAAUUAGUCAAAACUGGUAAUGCUGUUCUUCGGGCAGAGAUCGUCUCUGCAGAUGGAGUGUGCACCGAAGCGGAGGUGGUGGACAACAAGAACGGCACCUACGAGGUUGGAUACACCCUCCGCUCCGAGGGAGAAUUCACCUUCUCUUUGCUGCUGUACGAACAGCCUGUGAGGGGGAGUCCUUUCCGUUUGCGAGCCGUCAAACCAUCAGAUGUCCUGCAGUCGCCAGACGACGUGAAGAGACGAGUGAAGUCCCCGAGCGGGGGAGGAGGUCACGUUCGACAGAAGGCGGUGCGCAGGCCCUCCAGCAUGUACAGCACCACCAAGAAAAAGGAAAACCCAAUAGAGGAUGAGCUGAUAUACAGAGUUGGAACCAGAGGGAGAGAUAAAGGAGAGUUCACCAACCUUCAGGGCAUCUCAGCCUCCAGUAACGGGCGGAUUGUGGUAGCAGAUAGCAACAACCAGUGUAUACAGGUAUUCUCCAAUGACGGCCAGUUUAAGAUGAGGUUUGGGGUGAGAGGUCGUUCACCAGGGCAGCUGCAGCGCCCCACAGGAGUCACAGUAGACAUGAAUGGUGACAUCAUUGUAGCCGACUACGACAACAGAUGGAUUAGCAUUUUCUCCUCUGACGGCAAGUUCAAGAGUAAGAUCGGCGCUGGGAGACUGAUGGGACCCAAAGGCGUGGCCGUGGACAAGAACGGACACAUCAUCACAGUUGAUAAUAAGGCCUGCUGCGUCUUCAUCUUCCAGUCAAACGGGAAGUUAGUGACAAAGUUCGGCGCCAGAGGAACAUCAGACAGACACUUCGCAGAGAAAAGUGGUGCAAACAUUGCACUGGAAACAAAGAUUAGUAAAUCUGGCCCUGUUUUCAGUCCUCACUUUGUGGCUGUAAAUAACAAAAAUGAAAUUGUGGUAACAGACUUCCAUAACCAUUCAGUGAAGGUGUACAAUGCUGACGGGGAGUUCCUGUUUAAAUUUGGCUCACACGGAGAAGGGAAUGGCCAGUUUAAUGCUCCAACAGGCGUGGCCGUGGACGCCAAUGGAAAUAUCAUUGUUGCCGAUUGGGGAAACAGUCGGAUCCAGGUGUUUGACAGCUCAGGGUCCUUCCUCUCCUACAUCAACACAUCAGCCGACCCGCUUUAUGGCCCUCAGGGCUUGGCUCUCACAUCCGAUGGCCACGUGGCGGUGGCUGACUCUGGGAACCACUGUUUCAAGGUCUACCGCUACCUACAGUAGAUACCCGAGAGAGCCAUCUUAAACACUGCAAGCACUGACGACACAACCAAUGUAUUCCACAAGGUGCAAUGAUAUUUCCAGUACAGCCUUUUGUGUGUCGCCUCACUUUAACUUUUAUGAUGUGAACUGACCAUAGACAGUAUAAAAGGUGGGCGUUGCUACCGCGACGUCAUCCGUUGGUUGGUGAGCAUUUUGACUGUCACCAUCUUGCUCAUUGGCCAACGACUUGUCAAUCAUAAGUCAUUAGCCAAUGAUGGGGAUGAUCACAGUGCAGCAAUCGCACCACAGAUGAGUCCAAGAUUUAUAAAAUAGACUUUUUAUCCUGCAUGUCCCAAAAUGAGUGACUGAGCCCAUAAACUCAUCAGGAAUGUGUUUACAGAGGCCAAGACAGAAAGCCAUUUUUCCCAUAAACUUCUAUAGGACUGAAGUCUUUUUCAACUACAGCUAUCGCCAUCUGGUGCCCUUCAGACAGAAUGCAGCUUUAAGGUUCUUCUCGCACUGGGUUCGUGUUUUCCAACCCGGUGUCCGGAAGCUAGGUCCACGUUUUAUCCUGUCUGUGGAACUGAUGGUUAAUUUUAAAGACGAGUCAUGUAGCGCGCCUUGUGACAACAAGCGAGGUGCUGGUUUUAUAACACGUGCAAAUAUCGUUGGGGUGUUAUUAUUAAACUACACUCUGUGUGACAGAGACAGGAUGGGAGAGAGGUGGAACUAUUUAAUCAGCCAUAACUUGUCCAGAUGCAUGAAACUUUACUUUUAUCUCGAUACCUAGACGACGACGCAGUGCACCCAUCAGUUGCUUUCUCAUGAACUAGUUAAUGCUUACAGUGAAAUGAACAGCGCUACGCUUCUCCAGCAAUGAAAUGUAAAAUUUCUCAUUUACCGACAUCUCACAUAAGUGUCACCACCAUCUGUGCAUUGAUUGGCUGUAUGUACUGUAUAUAAGUGAAUGUAUAUUGUGUAUAUUAGAUCACUCCCUAUGUAUGUGCUAUGAUUUUUUUGGAAACACACAGUCUUGUGGCAGUUCAGCUCACAGGAGUCAAGGAUUCCCCGAUUUUAAACAUGUGUAUGGCAGCUGUUAAAGAGUGUGCUUUCAAACAUACCCAGCACAUGCUUAAAUGAAGAAUUGUCAUAUUUAUUGCUAUUGUAAGCAGCACAAUAAUAAUUUUUGUUAUGUUAUCCUGAAGGGGGAAAACAAAUGUAAGAUGCUAAUUUAUUUUAUUUUAUACUAGCUCAGCAUUUGCAAAUUAUUUUUCUAAAUGUAUGUUUUUUUUUUUUUCGUUCAGGCUUCUCACUUUCUCCCUUUCCCCAAAUUUCCCAUUAAAGCAGAAUUCAGUAUCCGCCCACAGCUGGGAAAUGUAGAUCCGUGUUUGUGCACUUGGGCAGCUCUUUUCCAAAGCUACAACUCCAUCUGGUUUUUAUUUAUAAUGCCAACAAAAUAUAUCUUCUUCUUUUUUAAUUUUUACUGUUUUCAGGAUUUGGGUUCAUAGAACGAUUGGUUUGCCUUUAAAUAAUACAAUAGCUUUAUUCAUUAAAGUGCUACCAACUGGCCAGAAAUAAUACAUAUAUCUCAGGAAAUCCAUCCAAAUUUAAUCUCAAUAUCAGAUGAUUUUUUAAUUUCAUGAUUUCAUGGACACAGAGUGUUACAGGCACAUCGGGAGCUUUGUGAGAAAACUGUUGAUUUGUGCAAAAGUUGAAUCUGAAUCCAAGGUCAUUUAACGUACUGGGAUGGGAGAUGAAUUCUGUUUUAUUGUGUUUGAUGCUUUGUGGAUUUUAUAUUAGAAACUGUUACAGAUGUAUUACCAGAAAUGACCGUUUAUGAGAGGACACUGGCUAGCAAGCACAUCCACGCUUUAGCGUACACUCACUACGUUACUCACUGUUCUUUCUGUUAAAAUCGAGUCUCUGCCUGCGCUACACCAAGCCAUGACUCCAAAUGAAGGACUCGUGUGGAAGUGGAGCUGCUGCAGCUCCUGCUUCCUCCCCUCCACCCCCAAACGCACACGGUGCCACAACAGAAGAACGACCAGGUGGAGCUAAGACAGACCACCAGUGUCAGUGCUGAGCUCAACACCUGGACGCUACCAUAACCCAUCAGUGUGGAGCUUUUCUGAGCAUCAGCUGGGAAGCUGCGGUUUUCAUGCACCUUGACUUGUUGCCAAACGGGAGUAAAGACACGCUCAUCUUUUUGAGAUGUGUCUAAAGCAUUUUACCCAACCCAGUUUUCUCUAUGAAUAUGCACUGGUAAUAAAAGCACAUGAUUUACUGA